UUUUUUUCUUUCCCUUUUUUCCAUGUGAUAAACAGUUCGUUUCUUCAAUUCAAUUUGCAAAAGAGAUCAUCAUCGACACUGUUAUUUCUCCUUUUUACACACACUCUCUCCUUCUUCAUUUCCAGAUCCAAACGGACGAAUCAGCAACUGAUCCAUUCCCAGAUCGUUCAAUUGCAUCUUCCCCAGAUCUCCAAACUCUCAGCUUCAGCUCUCAUUUGUGGGGCUGACCACUAAUCAAACUUGUAAACAGUUAAAAGAAGUCAGCACUCCUGGAUCUGAUCGAGCUUUCCCAUAGUUUCAAAACGGACCCAAUCAUGAAUCCCUUCUCCUCCGGCACGCGUCUCAGGAAGCUUCUUAGUAAUCCUAGAUUGCCGAAAAAUAAAGGCAGCGUGUAAAAAGCAGCCCGUGUUCAUGCUAGAUCCGGGGAAGGGCCUCAGCCAAAGGGGCGGUGACGUAACCUUGCAAGCAUCAGUGGCUAUUUCCACAAUUCGAACAGAGACAACUUUACUGUUGCUCCAAGGCUUCUCUUCACAUUGCUUAAAAAUGAGACUUAUAAAUGGAUCCCCUGAUUUCCAGAUUGUCCUGUAAUGCCAGUCAGAGGGGAAAGACCAAAUUGAAGGAUAUUCCCAAUGUGCUAUGUUGUCUGUUCUUUUGAGCCUGUUGCUCCAUAUCAUGUUUAUAUAGUAAUCAGACCCUUUUGUGGUGGCUUCUGUAAGAGCUGGUUUCUCCUUUUCCUCGAUGACAAGGCUUUAGCAGUGAGAAUGUGGACAUGGAGAAAUAUGAAAAUAAGGGACAUGAUUAGGGCUAUCCGUGCUUCCAAAACUGCAGCAGAAGAGCGUGCCGUAGUAAGAAAAGAGUGUGCUGCUAUUAGAGCUUCAAUCAGUGAAAAUGAUCCAGACUAUAGACAUCGUAAUCUUGCAAAACUCAUGUUCAUUCACAUGCUUGGUUAUCCAACACAUUUUGGUCAAAUGGAAUGCUUGAAGUUAAUCGCAUCUCCAGGAUUUCCAGAGAAACGAAUAGGAUAUCUUGGUCUAAUGUUGCUGCUUGAUGAAAGACAAGAAGUUCUCAUGUUGGUUACAAAUUCUAUAAAACAAGAUCUUAAUCACACCAACCAAUAUAUUGUUGGACUUGCACUUUGUGCCUUGGGGAACAUUUGUUCAGCAGAAAUGGCUCGUGAUUUAGCACCUGAAGUUGAAAGGUUACUGCAGUUUAGAGAUCCUAAUAUUCGAAAGAAGGCAGCACUUUGCUCUAUAAGAAUUAUAAAGAAGGUCCCAGAUCUUGCGGAAAAUUUUGUAAACCCUGUAGCUGCCUUGCUUAAAGAGAAGCACCAUGGAGUUCUCAUCACUGGUGUCCAGCUUUGUUCAGAUCUAUGUAAAGUUAGUACAGAGGCCCUUGAAUAUUUUAGAAAGAAAUGCACAGAUGGUUUAGUGAAAGUUCUAAAGGAUGUUGCCAACAGCCCGUAUGCACCUGAAUAUGACAUUUCUGGCAUUACAGACCCUUUUCUUCAUAUAAGAUUGCUCAAGGUCUUGCGUGUUUUGGGCCAAGGCGAUGCCGACGCUAGUGACUCCAUGAAUGACAUUCUUGCUCAGGUGACAACGAAAACGGAGUCGAACAAAAAUGCAGGCAACGCUAUUCUCUAUGAAUGUGUUGAAACUAUCAUGAGCAUUGAAGAUAAUGGUGGUUUACGUGUGCUUGCUAUUAAUAUUUUGGGAAGAUUUUUGUCCAACCGUGACAAUAAUAUCAGAUAUGUGGCGCUGAACAUGCUGAUGAAAGCUAUAGCUGUAGAUAGUCAAGCAGUACAGAGACACAGGGCAACAAUUUUGGAAUGCGUGAAGGACUCUGAUCCAUCAAUUCGUAAAAGAGCCCUUGAUCUAGUGUAUCUGUUAAUAAACGACAGCAAUGUGAAGCCAUUGACCAAGGAGUUAACUGAACAUCUGGAAGUAAGUGAUCCAGAGUUUAAGGGAGAUCUGACUGCCAAAAUCUGUUCCAUUGUGGAAAAGUUCUCCCCUGAAAAAAUUUGGUACAUUGAUCAGAUGCUCAAGGUCCUCUCUGAGGCUGGAAAUUAUGUGAAGGACGAGGUGUGGCAUGCUCUGAUUGUGGUGAUUACAAAUGCUUCCGACCUCCAUGGAUAUGCUGUACGAUCUUUAUAUAGAGCCGUGCAAACAGCAGGGGAACAGGAAACUCUUGUUCGAGCUGCAGUUUGGUGCAUUGGAGAGUAUGGUGAAAUGUUAGUCAGUAAUGUCGGAAGGCUUGACAUAGAAGAACACCUAACUGUGACAGAGUCGGAUGCUUUGGAUGUGGUGGAGACAUCCAUCAAAAGCCAUUCGUGUGAUCUUAUAACUCGGGCAAUGUGUCUGAUUGCUUUGUUAAAGCUGUCAAGUCGCUUUCCAUCUUGUUCACAGCGGAUAAAUGAUAUCAUUGGUCAGUAUAAAGGAAGCUUUGUGCUUGAACUGCAACAGAGAGCUAUUGAAUUUAACUCGAUUAUCGAGAGGCAUCAGAAUAUGAGGUCUUCGCUAGCAGAGAGAAUGCCAGUUCUGGAUGAAGCAACUUUCAGCGGAAGGAGAGCUGGUUCUGUGCCGGCAGCUGUGUCAACUUCAAAAGGAGUAUCAGUUAAUCUUCCAAAUGGAGCUGCCAAACCCAGUAUUGCUCCUGUUGCUGACUUACUCGAUCUUAGUUUAGAUGAUGCUCCUGCACCUAGCUCUUCUGGUGGAGAGUUUCUUCAGGAUCUUCUUGGUGUCAAUCUGACGCCAGUGUCUUUGCAAUCAGAUACAAAUCAGGGCCAAAAGAGUGGCACUGAUGCUUUACUCGAUCUUUUGUCGAUUGGAACUCCUCCUGCUCAAAACAGCUCAUCUACAGCUCAGAUGUUAUCCUCCAAUAUAGACAAUAAAAGUCCAUUGGAUAUAUUAGAUAGAUUGUCCACACGUUCAGCUCCUUCAGCGCAAGUCUCAUCUACAGGUGGAAACUCUUCCAUGUUGGAUUUAUUGAAUGGGCUUCCUUCCAGUCCACCAAUGUCUGUUACAGAAGGCAGUGGUGCGGGACAUUCAUCAGUUACUGCGUUUGAGAGCAGCUCCUUGAAAUUAACAUUCAAUUGGUCAAAGCAGCCUGGAAACCCACAGACAACACUUAUUGAAGGUAGUUUUACAAAUAAGUCACAAGAUGUUUUCACGGACUUCAUCUUCCAGGCAGCAGUUCCAAAGUUCCUUCAGCUGCAAUUGGAUCCAGCUAGCGGUAAUACCCUACCUGCAAGUGGUAAUGGAUCAAUCACACAAAAGUUAAGAGUCACAAACAGCCAACAUGGCAAGAAAUCCAUUGUCAUGCGUAUACGGAUAAGUUAUAAGGUGAAUAACAAAGAUGUCUUGGAGGAAGGCCAAAUCAACAAUUUUCCUCGUGAUUUGUGAGGUUGAAUGGCUCUAUAAGAGGAUGCUUUGUAGCAUUUCGUCUUUUUUUCAAUAUGAAGAAGCUUCCGUUCGUUGUUUGUACUCCCUUGUGCAGUUUAUUCAAUUGUUUUGAAGAAGUGGCAGUCUGGUUGAGCUUCAAGUGGUGGCUUUGCUUGGGAAUCAGUCAGAUGCCUGACAUUGCUUACUUCUUUUUUACCUUCCAAGGUGGCAUUGUACAUUAUGAUCUGAUAACCGUGUACGCCAUUGUCAAAGUCAAUUUUUGCCUAUUGAGGAGCUCAAAGGAGGAGGUCAUGUGUUGGACUAGUUAAAAGUUCUGAGAUGUGCAUUGUUCUAGUAUUAUUUUGUUCUAAGAUUUUGGGUGAUCAGAUUCAAAAUGAAGAAUUAUAACACAGGUUUUCCAAUUGGCUUUGCAAUAUUUUUCUCACUUGUGCCAUUAUAAGUGGGGGAUAUAUUCAGUUAUAACGGAGCGCUUCUCAAUUGGUUAUAAUCUUUGGGUUUGCCUAUCGCUAAUUCGUAUUCUUCA